UAUUAAUAAGCGCGAGCGUAUUCUAAUAAUGCAAACGAAUUGUUUAUGCUACAUGGCGCGGGCCGAUGGAAAUAUAUGCUUGAAUUAUAAAUUCAAAUUUUAUUGUUGCAUCAAAAGGUUAUAAAAUUAACUGAAGCACUGGGGACAAAGUCAGUUGUAUCAACAAUCAUGGAUACGAACGGGUUGAAAAAUAUACCGGAAAGUUUUUCUGGGGUGGACGUUUUCAUAACCGGUGGAACAGGAUUUAUGGGAAAAAUACUGAUCGAAAAGAUCGUUCGAUCAUGCCCAAAUGUGAAUAACGUAUUUGUGCUUGUGAGAUCUCGAAAAGGCAAAAGUGGGCAGGAACGAAUUUCUGAAACCUGUAGUGUACCUUUGUUCGAUCUUGUUCGCGAAAAGUUUCCGGAGUUUAUGGAAAAAAUCAUUGCCGUUGAAGGUGAUUGUAUUGAGUUGAAGCUGGGCUUGAGCAGCGAAAAUAUCCAGCGAUUGCAAGCAGUGCAGUUUGUGUUUCAUGUGGCCGCCAGUGUGCGAUUUGAUGAUCCGUUGAAGAAAGCAGUUCUGUUGAAUGUGAGAGGCACGAGAGAGUUGUUGGAUCUGUGCAGAUCAAUGCCGAAACUGAGAGCUGUUGUACACGUAUCGACGGCCUAUUGCAAUCCUAAAGUGUUCGAAGUCGAAGAGCGAAUCUAUCCAGCGAAAUUUUCUUGGAAGGACGCUAUAAGGUGUGCCGAACAAGUCGAUGAAGACGUUUUUGAAACACUUGCGCCGAAGUUGACGAACUUCGCUGUAAACACGUACACUUUCACCAAAGGGUUAGCUGAGCAAGUAUGCAAAGACUACAGCGAUGUCAUUCCUUUGACGAUAGUGAGACCAUCGGUUGUCACUAAUACGGAAUUUGAACCGAUUCCUGGAUGGAUAGAUAACUUCAGUGGACCUACCAGUCUUCUGAUAGGAGGUUGUACCGGAGUUCUGAGAGUGAUAUAUCUGAAUCUGGAUAAACAUAUCAACUGCAUUCCGUCUGACGUUUGCAUCAAAAGUUUGAUUGCUGCCGCUUGGAAGCGCGCCAAUAGUUCGGCGAAAGACACCCUACAUGUUUACAACUGUGCAGUGGAUCAUGUGAAGUCCUAUACUUACGGAUAUUUCUGCGUCGAUGCUAAAUACAUCUAUUACAAAACACCGUACACAGCCGCGUGGUAUAAACCGGGUUAUAUUUGUACCGCCAAUCAAACUCUCUUCAUCAUUCUGUUCGCUUUGUUACAAGUUCCUCCGGCUUUAUUCAUCGAUAUGAUCCAAAAGUUUCAGAAUAAGCCUCGAAAAUUCUUCAAACUUUUACGAGCAGGCUUCCAGGCAUCGAUGGCUUUGAGGCAUUUUACCCACAACGAGUGGCAAAUCGAAACGGAAAAUUUUAAAAAACUUUCCAAUGAGCUGCACGAACUAGAUAGGAAAGACUUUUCGCUAGCUCACAUCACCACCAGCCUGAAGAAAUAUUUCGAAACCAGCACGAUAGGCUCGCGGAGAUAUCUGCUGAAGGACCCCGAUCACACGAUACCAGCCGCUCUGAAGCAGUUGAAACGGUUUCGCCUUGUUGACAAUGUUCUGAAGUUGUUGAUUGGUGUUGGGUUGUUCUGUUGCUUAUGGAAACUGUCGAUCAAUUGAAUGAUUUA